AUGGCCCAAAAGUUCAUCAUCAACAUUACUGGGGCAGCCAGUGGCUUCGGUGCCCUCGCUGCCAGAGCUUUGGCCAAGCAGGGCCACACUGUGUUUGCAGGCCUGAAAUCCAUGGACGCAAAUCUUCUGGAAGAUAUCCAAACAUUCAAUAAGGAGAAUAAUACCGACCUGCGACCUCUGCACCAGGACAUGCUGUCAGACUCAUCUGUUGCUGCUUCCGUUGCCGAGAUGCUUUCGCAGACUGAGCACAUAGAUGUCAUCGUCCACAACUGUGGGCACAUGGUGUACGGACCAUUGGAGGCUUUCACCACAGAGCAGUUGGCUGAGCAGUACGAUAUCAAUGUGCUAUCUACACACCGGUUGAACCGGGCUGUACUUCCACAUAUGCGCCAGAGAAAGUCCGGUCUGCUUGUAUGGGUGAGCAGUUCUAGUGUGCAUGGCGCCGUCCCAUCCUUCAUCGCACCCUACUUUGCGGCCAAGGCCGGAAUGGAUGCUUUGGCAUCUUCAUUUGAGCUGGAACUGAGCCAGUGGGGGAUCGAGAGCUGUAUCGUUGUCCCUGGAGCGUACAGCCAGGGCACCAACCACUUUGCGACUGCCGGGAGGCCACGCGAUGAACAGGUUGCCAAUGAGUAUCGUGGUCAGGGAGCACCAUACGAGGGCAUGGAGGAAGCUAUCGGUGUAGCGUAUGGUGCAUUUGAGCCUGCAGAUGCCGACGUAAAGGACGUCGCAGAGGCAAUAGUCAGUGUCAUUGAAUCCCCUCACGGAUCCCGACCCCGGAGAAUUCAUGUUGAUCCAGCCAAGGAUGGCUCGGAGAUUGUGAGCCAGAUGAGGGACAGAUUGAGGAAGGACAGGCUCAAAAUGGCAGGAUUUGAGAAGCUAUUCACUGUACGUCGGGAAUAG